AUGCUGGCUGGGGACCUGAACGUUGUGGAGGAUCCAGCGCUGGACAAGACAUCGGGAGCGGGCUCAAGGGGGGAGAACGACAGACUGAUGACGAUUUGCAGCAGCUUUGAUGUGAGGGACGCUUUCAGAGCCCUUCAUCCAUGCCUGCGGGAGUACACAUUCUAUGCAGCAGCAGUGCAGGAGAGCACAAGGAUCGGCCAGAUUCUACUCUCGCAGUCACUGCUUCACCAGGUUCAUGAGGUGCGGCACGCGGAGCUGGUCAAAAGGUUCACGGACCACUGGCUCGCGGUUCACCUGAAGCUCAGCGCGGGGGGAGACGGGGAGUCAGGCCCGGGCCUCUGGAGACUGCCGGUGUCGCAAGCGCCACGUCCUGGGGUGCGGAAGCGGGUGGAGCAGAUUGUGCGUAAGAACAAAGAGAGAGGAGGGGACUUGGAGUCCCUAACGGCGUCUUUAAGGGUGGGACUCAAGGCCUACACCGUUGAGGAGCGGAAGCGGGUGGCGGCCACGACGGCGCAUCUGGCGCGGCUUGCGAAGGGAGAAGCCAAGCUCAAGGCGUAUGAGGACGGGAGACGCCAGAAACUGCAGGAGCAGGCGGGGGUCAAGGUUGAAAUGAACGGGGAAGCCCCCACAUGUUUUAUGACCGCUAAGAUCAAGGCGCGAAAGGCAAGGACGCGUCUGGUGGAGGUGAACUACAAUGGGAUUCGGCAUGAGGAUGCAGAGGAGCUGUGCGCGCCAUGGGAGGAAGCGAAGGUCAAGCGUGCGCUGGAGGAGAUGGCGCGGGGCAAGACGCCAGGGCGCGACGGCCUCCCGAAGGAGCCCUGGGAGCUGUAG